CAUCGAUCGAAUUCUAUGAAUAGUAUACGACAAUAAUCCGCAAUACUGGCAAGAGGCGUGGGAAGCGAGCGAGUGCGUGGUAGCAGCAGCAGCAGCAGUGAGUGGUUUGGUGCACUGCACGACAACGUGUGAGUUGAUCCAACGCAAAGGCGCGUGUGAUUGAGUGGGUGUGUGUGAGUGUGUGUGAGUGUGUGAGAGAGCGUUACACAACAAACCAACAGCCAUGCCGAAGAUGUCGAGGAGCAAGAGACCGCCUCCAGAGGGGUGGGAGCUCAUCGCGCCUACACUGGAGCAACUGGAUCAGAAGCUGCGUGAAGCGGAGAAUGAACCGCAUGAGGGAAAGCGUAAAUGCGAGACGCUCUGGCCCGUGUUCAGGAUCCACCAUCAAAAGUCCCGCUACAUCUUCAACCUCUACUACAAGCGCAAGGCAAUAAGCAAAGAGCUGUACGACUUUUGUGUCAAGGAAGGCCACGCAGAUCCAAACCUCAUUGCCAAGUGGCGCAAGCCCGGCUACGAGAGCCUGUGCUGUCUAGCCUGUAUCCAAACUCGGGACUCCAACCAUGGCACCACGUGCAUUUGCCGCGUCCCGCGCAGCAAACUCUCCGAGGACACCAAGUUUGAGUGCGUGCGCUGCGGCUGCCGUGGCUGUGGUCACUGAUCUGCGUCUUGUGCUUCUGUCUCGAUGUGUGCGUGCGUGUGUGUGUGUGUGUGAUUAGCUGUUGAGGAACACACCUGCUGUUUGAUUGAGUGUGUGUGGGGGGAGGGAGGGGGUGAGCGUGUGCGUUGUGGUGUUUGAAAUGACAAUCAUCAGAACACAACACAGAAACAAC